AGAGAGAGAGAGAGAGAGAGAGUAGUAUUAGAGUUAGAGGGGAGAGAGAGAGUAGUAUUAGAGUUAGAGGGGGGAGAGAGAGAGAGCUGCUGUAAUCCUCUGCCUAUAAAGCGGCGCAGCAGAGCGAGGCAGCCUCAGUGUGAAGGAUGGGAGAUCAAACGGCGCCGUGGUCCUCCGCUCUGAUGACAGAUGGAGCAUCCUUCGGUCUGAGCAGCAGCAGCACCCAGCAGGAUGACGACUGGUCCCCUCGCCCUCUGCUGCCUCCCACUCCUCCUCCUCUCCGCUCUCUCUCUCACUCUCUCACAAGGUUAUUUAACGGUCUCCAUUGACCCCCUCCCUCACGUCGUCAUCGGAGACACGGUGACUCUGAAGUGUAACUUCCAAACGGACGGGAACCUGCGAGAGAUCGUGUGGUUCCGGGUGAGCACGCAGGUGACUGAAGGAGGCAACGCAAAGCAGAAGAUUUUCACCUACGAUGCCAUGUACAACACCAGCUACUCUCACCUGGAGGACAACAAGAAACGGGAGGACCUGGUCUACAGGUCCACUGUGCGUCUCCCCGAAGUGCAGAUGGAGGACGACGGCCUGUACGAGUGUCACGUGGGGAUCUACGACCGGAGCUCCAGAGAUAAAGUGAUCCUCGCCUCCGGCAGCAUCAUCCUCACUGUCAUAGUGCCUCCAAAGUCUAUCUCUGUGGUGGCAGCCGACAGCCCGGCUCCUUUCAGCCGCUACGAGGCCCAGAACUUCUCUCUGGUCUGCAUUGUGACAGGAGCCAAGCCGGCCCCCGUGGUGUACUUUAAGCGGGAUGGGGAGCUCAUCGAUGUGGUUCCACCCAGCCAGUCUCCCUCUUCAACAGGAGAACAAAACAAGAAACCAGGAAAAAGCCGGGGACGGAGCCGAGCGGGACUCCUGAGCUCUCAGAUCCACGUCAGCCGAGACCUGGACGACACCAAACUCCAUAAGUCCCCAUCCCCGUCCGAGAAGCAGGGCAAACCGGCCCGGCUCGGACAAGACGGACCCGAACCGGGCCGGGAGCAAGCGCCCCAGCCGGGCCCCGAGCAGACCACCGAGGUGAUCCCGGAGACGGUGGUGAGCUGGGAGUUUCCCCGCUGGGUGCAGAGCAGCGACCCACUGUACUACUUCCAGCACCGACAGCAGGCGGUGGGCGACGGCACCAUGGAGGUGAGAGCCAUGCUGACCUGGAGCCUGAACCCCCAGCUGGACAACGAGGCUCUGUUCAGCUGUGAGGUCAACCACCCGGCUCUGUCCAUGCCCAUGCAGGCCGAGGUCACACUGGCUGCUCCCAGAGGACCCAAGCUGUCCAUGACCCCCGAUCGAGCCACAGUGGGGGACACAGUGCGGAUCACAGUCCAGGGCUUCCAGCUCGGACCCUCAGCGAGCGAGGUGUUCCCUGAGCCCAUGUUCACCUGGACCAGAGUCGGGGGUCUUCUCCUGGACGGCAGCGAGACUCAUGACGGACGAGAACUCGUCCUGGACAGAGUUCCUGCUGAGCUCAACGGCUCCAUGUUUCGCUGCACGGCCGAGAAUCCUCUGGGCUCCACGGACACACACACGCGCCUCAUAGUGUUCGAAAACCCAAGAUUAAAGAAAGGAAAAGAACGUUUUGUUGCCAUCGAUGCAGCCGUCAUUCAGCGCUCCCUCACAUUAACCUCCAUGUUGCUGCUGCUGAGCUUCACCUUUGAGCUGACGUGACCCGAGGCCCUGCUGCUCCACCUCCAACCUCCCACCUCCACCUACCUGAGGAACCUGCUCUCCCCCCCCCCUGACUGUAGCCUACGCUCCGAGCUGCUGAAACAUGACGAGUGCUGCAGCGCUUUACAUUUAGAAAGAGGAGUUACAGCAUCAGACAGAACAAAAGGUCCAGAUGCCUCUCUACAUGCCGUCACACUGUGAGACUGCGCUGAUGGAUUACUGUAGCUCAAGUCACUGAUCACAAGAAGAAGCUCGCACAGCGUCACACUGAAGGAGUUCUUUGAUGUAGUGUGUCUGAUUUCCCUUUUAAAUUGUCUGCAGAUUCCUGGGAAUAAUGGCACAGGAGAAUGCUGGUCCUGAAAGUCUGCUCAGCCAGCUCUCAUGCACAACUCCAGACUGGAUGAAUCAUCACCAGUGUGCUCAUUAUAUGCCUCUCAAGAAGCUAUGAUUUAUACAUUCAAAAAAACCCCGCUCAACAUGACUUUAAUGAUAAAUCUCCUGACUAAAAGGUACCCAAAGUUUUGAAAUUGGAAUAACAAAAGGAAAAUACCUUUUUGUUGAAGAGUAACAUCCUUCGUUUCACCAGAAAUAGACUUUACAUCGCUGCCUUCAAAACCCCCAGACUCCACUGACAACAGAAAACGUAUGUUCCAGUUAGGGGAUGUUGUUCUUUACCUGCCGCCUCCAUCGCAUUGUUCAGGACGUCUCAAAGUGUGGCGCUCGCCCCCCUGUGGGGACACAGAGAGAUUUCAGGAGGGGGGAACAGGUAGUGUGCAGUGUUUCUCACCUAGGUGGGCCGCCCAGGUUUAUAUUUUCCACUCAUAUGAUCGGCAUUUAAGACCAAUGAACUAGAAGGUGAUUGCUCUCCCUUGCUCUGUGUCCUUCAUACAUGUUGCAGGUGUGUUCACUCUGCAGGUGACCAGAGAGAGAAAGAGAGGGAUAGCCUCUGUUAAGGCUCUUUGAAUGUUUGAUUUGUAGCAGUGCAACGUCUAUUUUGCUUUGUGCAAGCUGCUUGUUGCCGAUGUGAUUCUGCUGUCUCACUUGGUUUUUCUUUAUUAUCCCAUGCUCUUUUUGUAAAGCGUCUCCAGAUAACACUUGUUAUGAAUUGGCGGUAUACAAAUGAUGAUUGAUUAAGGUAAAAAUGUUGUUUUUGUCAAUGGAGUCUGGUGGUUUGGAACAGAGCAUUUUGAAAGGUGUUUCUGGUUUUUUUAAAAGGUGCUCACUCUUAAAGGUCCCAAAUUAUGCAAAAAAACACUUCACCAUGUUCCUCUAACUCUAAUAUGUGUCUCUAGUCUGUCUACAAAUCCCCCAAUCAUGAGAAAAGUCCAUCCUCUCCGUCUUUUGCCUGCCCCACUUUUCAGAAAAUGUGUGCUCAAACAGGCUGUUUGGAGAUUUUCCCUUCAUGACAUCACAAAGUGCAGUAACCCCUCCCCCAGGUGGGUGACCCUCCCACAGCCAGGUGUUUGUUCUGCCCUCUGAGUCUGCCUUCUCACCAUCAACAAUAGGACAUGGAGCGAGAAAGCCAGAGUACACUCAAGCCCUUCCAGAGAGGGGGCGUGGUCAGACACAGCUCAUUUACAUAUUUAAAGGUACAGACACAGAAACAGCCUGUUCUCAGCCGGGCUGAAAUAGAGGGGUUUAUAGACAUGAUCAAAUACAGGAUCAGAGUGGAUUUAGAACAAGAAACUUUACACACAUGUUUUGAGGAGCUCUGAGACUUAUUUAAACUUCUUAAAACAGAGGAGAGUAAGUGACCUUUAAAGCUCCUGUGAGGAAUAUUUGUUUUUUGUUGGUUUUGGUGCCCCCUUUGGAGAAAGUAUGCUUCUCAUCUCUUUGCUGAUUUGUCAAAUGACAUCCGACACACAUGACCAGCAUUACAGCCUGUUUGUGGUUCUGCCUGCUGAAACUUUUCCUCAUUAUUAACAAAUAGAGCCACAGUUAAAACACACCAAAAUGCUAUCUCGCAGCUUGACAGAAAAUAUGUCAAUUCAGUGUACACAUGAAGACUUCUUUUUAUUUAGUCAGUUCAGCUCUCUUGUGUACACAGAAUCCACCUAUGUUCUGUCAAGCUGGUACUUCCUGCCAUCACCUGCACCUUUAAGGACUGACAGUGCUGUGCACAGAGCGUCUUCUUUUUACACCCUUUGAGAUGAUUUGCCUUCUCAGAAACGAAGACGUUUAAAUGAACUGUAUGUGCUUUGUCUCUGUUUUGCAGCUCUGCUCACCUGAAGCUUCAGGGGGGCUGAGUCGGUGUGUUUACUUGUUUUCUUUGCUCCCCUUUAGAGACCAGAUCUAAGAUAUUAUUUCUGAUGAAUGCUUUGUUUCUGUUUCCUUUCAUUGGCGUUACCCUCCUGUUACUGCUGGACUCUAAAGAAGCUUUUCACGUUGUUUUCUUCGCCCGUCUCUGUGAAGCACUUUGCUGAGAUUAUUGUGUUUCAAGUGCUUUAGAAAUAAAUUUGACUUUAACUGA